UACCCAGGUCUUUGCUUUUCCCUCUGCUUUUUGUUGUUUUGAACAGAGUUGUUCCGCCAUAGCUGUUAGUUGGUUAAGAGACUUCGUCUUCCUGCUCCAACUUUCUUUACACCCUGUUUCAGCAUGCUAGUUCCUUAAGCUUCACGCUUACUUGCUCGUGACAGCUUUGGUUGCAAUUUCUGUUGCAAUCACAGAAAUUGGGCUCCCAUUUCUGAAUCCACUUGACCGGGGAAUCAAGUCAUUUCAAAUAUUAGGGUUUCGUUUCCCCUUCUUUUUUGGUGAUUCUCGGGCCGAGCAGGCUUUACCCAAAUGAGUGGAGAUUGCCUGCAGUUUGAAAACCCUAUUGGUGAUGGCGUCUCCAGGAUCCGAUUCGCUCCCUCCUCCAACAAUCUCCUCAUUUCUUCCUGGGAUUCGAAUCUCCGGUUGUACGAUGUGGAUAGUUCCAGAGUCAGACUCGAAGCUUCAGUAGGUUUUGCGCUGCUGGAUUGUUGCUUCGGGGCCGAGUCUUUGGCAUACAGUGCCGCUUCUGAUGGUUGCAUUAGAAGGUGUGACUUGCAUUCCGGGAGUUGUGAUGCAAUUGGGUAUCAUGAGGAUGUAGCAACUUGCGUUGUCUACUCGGAUGAAACAGGCCAAGUUAUUUCGACUGGUUUGGACAAGAAGAUGGUAUCGUGGGAUAUACGCUCCUCAAAAAGUUCACAUGUGAGACAUAUGGGUGCAGAAGUGAAGACCAUGUCAUUGUCUGGGCGCUAUAUAAGUGUUGCCAUUGGAGGGUCGAUAGAAACGUAUGACUUGCGUUAUAUGGAAGGACCGGCUAGUCUUACAAAUUCUUGUUUUGAUGUGCGAAUAAGAUCCCUUUGCUCAGUUCCUUAUUGUAGAGGGUAUGCAGCUGGUUCAGUUGAUGGAACAGUGGCACUGGAGAUAUCCAAUCCAACAACUUCAGAAGUGACACGCUAUGCUUUUCGCUGUCAUCCCAAAUCAGCAGAUGGGAAAAAACAUCUAGCUGCCAUCACUGACGUACAAUUCAAUCCAAGUAUCUUUGGUGCUUUUGUUACUGGUGAUAAUCGAGGCAAUCUCCUAGCAUGGGAUGCUCAAAGCAAAAGAAGGUUAUUCGAGUUUCCACAAUAUCCAACCGGUGUUGCGUCUCUUGCAUACAAUUGUAAUGGACAGCUUUUGGCUGUUGCAUCAAGCCAUACCUACCAAGAAGCAAUUGAGACGUACGCUGUUUCUUCCGUUGAGAAAGUCUUCGGUAUCAGACUACUACCUGUUUGAUAAAAUGUUUUUGGUUUUGGCUUUGUUUGAACAGGGAAGUUGUGUCCCCCCAAAUUUUCGUAUGCAAGGUGGGAGAUCCGUAGUAUAGAAUCAUUUUGUGGUGGUGAUUCUACCACUACAUGAAGGUCUUCCAUUCCAUCCACUUGCUGAGCAUGUAAUGGGACAGGCCAAUCGAAUGAGAAGCAUGGUAAGCGCAUGAAGAAGUAUUUAAAGGCUGACCAAGUAUGGAAAUUUGCAUCACCCGAGUGGCUGCAAUUUGUGAGUUGGCUUCGAGGUGAACUGCCUUAUUGCUGAAUGUUCCCUGCUAGUGGAGCUGUAACUGUUGUGAUAUAAUUUUUAGUUUCCUGUCCUUGUGCUUUUGUUUCUCUCGUUGCUGGGUUUCAUGCUCUCGAGCUCGACUACAGAAUUUUCUGGAAAUGGUUAUUGAACAGCUUGAUUCCACAUUCUGGACAUGCCUUACGGAUUCUAUGUCUCGGACUUGCCUGCUCUUAGGUGAUUCUAC